CGGGGCGGAGCGGCCCGGCUCUCCGCUCGGGGACGCGCCUGCUCUCUCCUCACGCACUCACCGCCGCGCGGCCAGGCCACCGGCCAGCCUCUCAGCCUCUCUCCCCUCUGCUUCUCCUUCUCCUCUGUUCGGGCCCGGUUCUCCUUGACUCGCCCCCCUCCCGGUCGGACCGGACCGGACCCUCGGACCCCGGCCGGACCCGCUGACGGAUCACCGACUUCCAGCCGCUUCUGUCCCGGGACCCGCCGUGAUUCGCCGCCCGGCCUGCCUGGCUCCAGGUCCGGGCCUAACUUUCCCUCAGCCCGGCCCUCCGUCUUCCGGUCCCUCUGACGGCCUCCAGAACCGGACGGUGACGUCACCUGGGAAAAGUCGGCCGGGAUCCUCCGUUAGAUCCGGUUGGAGUGGGAAUAAAGUUUUAUUCUGAGCCGGACCCCCCGCCUGGCCGUCCCGGUACCGACAGGCCCGAACCCAACCGGAACCAGAACCAGGAUUGUUUGUUUACUUGUUUUGCUGCUGGAGGAAAACAUGAGGACCGAGUGAACCGACCCACGACAGGUGAGUUAUCCUCCGGUCCGGGAGGAGUGGGCGGAGCUAAACCAUGGCGGGCGCCUCGGUGAAGGUGGCGGUGCGAGUCCGGCCGUUCAACUCCAGAGAGCUGGGACGCAACGCCAAGAGUGUGAUCCAGAUGCAGGGGAACAGCACCUGCAUCUCUAACCCCAAACAGCCCAAAGAUGGAGCCAAGACCUUCACAUUCGACUAUUCCUACUGGUCACACACCACGCCUGAAGAUGAGAACUUUGCGUCUCAGAAGCAGGUGUACAAGGACAUCGGGGAGGAGAUGCUGCUGCACGCCUUCGAAGGAUACAAUGUGUGCAUAUUUGCUUACGGUCAGACCGGAGCGGGAAAAAGCUACACCAUGAUGGGAAAGCAGGAGCCGGGGCAGGAGGGGAUCAUCCCCCAGCUGUGUGAGGACCUGUUCCAGAGGACGGGUCAGAACUCGGACCCAGACCUGACCUACUCAGCAGAGGUGUCCUACAUGGAGAUCUACUGUGAGCGGGUCCGGGAUCUGCUCAACCCGACGUCACAGGGAUCCCUGCGGGUCCGGGAGCAUCCCAUCCUGGGCCCGUACGUGGAGGACCUGUCCAAACUGGCCGUGACCGGAUUCACCGACAUCCGGGAGCUGAUGGACGAAGGCAACAAAGCCCGGACGGUCGCUGCCACCAACAUGAACGAGACGUCGUCCAGGUCGCACGCCGUCUUCACCAUCGUCUUCACCCAGAGGCGCAGAGACCAGAUGACCAGCCUGGACACAGAGAAGGUCAGCAAGAUCAGCCUGGUGGACCUGGCUGGCAGCGAGCGCGCAGACUCCUCGGGGGCAAAGGGCACCCGGCUCAAGGAAGGAGCAAACAUCAACAAAUCUCUGACCACGUUGGGAAAAGUGAUAUCAGCGCUGGCAGAAAUGCAAAGCAACAAGAAGAGGAAAAGUGACUUUAUCCCCUACAGAGACUCUGUUCUCACCUGGCUGCUGAAGGAGAAUCUGGGAGGAAACUCCCGGACGGCCAUGAUCGCUGCUUUAAGUCCUGCUGACAUCAACUACGAGGAAACACUGAGCACCCUGAGGUACGCCGACCGGGCCAAGCAAAUCCGCUGCAACGCCAUCAUCAACGAGGAUCCCAACGCCAAGCUGAUCCGGGAGCUGAAGGCCGAAGUGGACCGGCUGAGGAACCUGCUGUUCUCCCAGGGCCUGCAGGAGCUGCUGCAGAACACCGUCAACAACAACAUCAGCCUGGGGGGGGCAGCAGUUGUGGCCGCCGCCCCCCCGCCGCUGACGCCGACAGCCAAUGGGAUCGCAGCUGCAGCAGACUCCGCCCCUGCAGAUUCUGUUUCUGCUGAAGCUGAAGCUCCACCUGCAGGAGACACACCUGCUGACUCCGCCCACCCCACCCAGAACGGGCAGGACGCAGAGGAGGCGGUCGCUACGGAAACCAUCAGCAAGGAGGAAGCGGCUGAGAGGCUGAUGGAAACGGAGAAAAUCAUCGCAGAGCUGAACGAGACGUGGGAGGAGAAGCUGAGGAAGACCGAGUCCAUCCGCCUGGAGAGGGAGUCUCUGCUGGCGGAGAUGGGCGUGUCCAUAAAGGAGGACGGAGGAACUCUGGGAGUUUUCUCCCCUAAAGGAACGCCUCACCUGGUGAACCUGAACGAAGACCCGCUGAUGUCCGAGUGUCUGCUCUACUACAUCAAGGAAGGAUUCACCAGGGUUGGACAGCAGGACGUGGACAUCAAGCUGUCUGGACAAUUCAUUAAAGAAAUCCACUGUGUGUUUGUCAGCGAGACCAACGACCAGGGAGAAGUGGUGGUCACUCUGGAGCCGUUGGUGGGAGCAGAGACGUAUGUGAACGGGAAGCAGAUCACCGAGGCGGUCGUCCUGAGACAAGGUAACCGCAUCGUGAUGGGGAAGAACCACGUGUUCAGGUUCAACCACCCGGAGCAGGCGAGGCUGGAGAGGGAGCGCAGCGUCACGGCUGAGCAGCAGGGGGAGCCAGAGGACUGGAACUACGCCCAGAAGGAGCUGCUGGAGAAGCAGGGCAUCGACAUCAAGCUGGAGAUGGAGAAGAGACUGCAGGACGUGGAGACCCAGUACCGCAAGGAGAAGGAGGAGGCCGACCUGCUGCUGGAGCAGCACAGACUGUACGCAGACAGCGACAGCGGAGACGACUCCGACAAACGGUCCUGUGAGGAGAGCUGGAGGCUGAUCUCCUCCCUGAGGGAGAAACUUCCUGCCAACAAGGUGCAGACCAUCGUGAAGCGCUGUGGCCUCCCCAGCAGCGGGAAGCGGCGGGAGCCCCUCCGGGUCUACCAGAUCCCCCAGAGGAGGCGGAUCAGCAAAGACCCCAAGCGGGUCACCAUGGAGGACCUGAGGAUGCAGGCCGUCAAGGAGAUCUGCUACGAGGUGGCUCUGGGAGACUUCCGCCACUCGCGUCAGGAGAUCGAGGCGCUGUCCAUCGUCAAGAUGAAGGAGCUCUGCCGCAUGUACGCCAAGAAGGACUCCAACGAGAAGGAGAGCUGGAAGGCCGUGGCCCAGGACGUCUGCGACACGGUGGGCAUCGGAGAGGAGCGCAGCCCCCCCACCGAGGAGGGCGGCGGCGGAGAGACGAGCGAGGGAGGGCAGAAGGGAAAGGUGUACGACCUGAAGGCUCACAUCGACAAGCUGACGGACAUCCUGGAGGAGGUGAAGCUGCAGAACAACAUGAAGGACGAGGAGAUCAAAGCCCUGAGAGACAGGAUGAUCAAGAUGGAGAGCAUCAUACCUGUCCAGGACGACGACAUGAACGGAGAAGGAGUCGAGUCGGCGCAGAGGGAGGGAGGCGGCCUUGACGACACCAACGACCCGCCAGAGGUCAGAGUUCAGCGCCUCAUGGACGAGGACCCGGCGUUCAGGAGAGGGCGCCUCCGCUGGCUGAAGCAGGAACAGCAGCGCAUCCAGAACCUGCAGAAGCAGAACAUCACCAAGAAACUGCGAGGACAGAACCAGAACCCAGGUCAGCUGACCCCCACCAUCCCCGUCCAUCUUCCCGGUACCGGCCGCUUCAUCCCCCCCCAGGAGUGCAAGCUGAAGUUCCCCUUUAAGAGCAACCCGGCCCACCGGUUGUCAUGGGGACCGGCCAGCGAGGCGCUGCAGGCUCUGGGUCUGGGCGGCGAGGGCGGGGGGGCAGAGGAAGACGGUGGGGGGGGCCAGGAGAACGACGGGGGCUCCCCCACGCCGCCCCCGCUCCUCCCCCUCCCUUUCCCUACACCCCCCCCACGCAUGCGCACGCCCAGCCCUCACCGCGCCUGGCAACAGCGUAACCAAGGCAACCAGGGCGGCUUCCACCACAACCAGCCGGGCAACAACCAGAACUACCAGCGGCGACAACGCCGCGGCUCCCUGGAUGGCUCCGCCCACGGCGGUGAGCAGGGCGGGGGUGGGGGCGGGGGCGGCGGCGGUCACCAGGGGCGACCGCGGCAGCGCAGGGCGGCGUCGCCCGGCGGGGAGCGAGGGGGCCGGCCGGGGCCCCGGGGCGGCAGCAGGGACAGAGAGGGGGGCUUCUACUACAACCAGCGGCAGCACCAUCAGUUCCACCCACACCCGUACUACAACUCCCAGAAUGCACCAUUCCAGCCUCAGCCCAACUACCACAGCCUGCCGCGCUCCGGCCCCCUGCCCCUCCACCCCGACAUGCUGCUGGGGGCGGGGCCUCCGCCCGCCGGAUGGGGCUUCAGCACGCCGCCCAGGAUGAGGCGGCAGUUCAGCGCCCCCGACCUGAAGAACAAGGAGAACGUCAUGUGACCCCGCGCAGGCCUCUGAUUGGCUGCGGAUCCUCAUGCUGUAGAGAACAGACCGAGCGUGUGUGUGUGUGUGUGUGUGUGUGUGUGUGUGUGUUUCAGCACCUUUAUGAAACAAAGUGUCUGAGGUCACGUCUGUCCUGCUGUUUGGGUUUUAACCGUCGCUCAUGUCGGGUUUUAUCUUAACCUCAGCCGUUGCCUAGGCAACAGGAUCCAUGUCUCAUAACCGCUGGUUUAGUCUGAUCAAGUUCUGGUUCUGGUCCGGUAGACGGUUCAGUUCACAGGCAGAAGAACUGAAAUGUUAGAGCUGAACUCCCUGGAGCUUUUUCCCAUCAUGCAGUUCAAAAUGUUCAGUUUUCCCAAAGCGUUCGUCCUGACGGCGUUUCUGCUCUGAUGCGCUACAUGAAGAGCUGGCGCCUCAUUCGAUUUUUCCCAUUUCACCUGAACGCUGCGUAGCCAACAGCUGCAAACCAAAGAAAGCCGCUCUGUGGCGACCCCUGCAGGUCCCCAGAGGGCAUGACGUGUGCAGGAAGUGUUUGUUUUCGGAGAGGAGCACGUUGGGCGUUACUGAGCUGUGUGUAUAUCUGAAGUUUAUCUUUCUGUUUUUAUUUGUUUUUAAUGGAGAUGAAUUUUAAAAGGAAUGAAAUGUGCUGACGGUGCGUUCAAUGUCACAGGCAAUCAUGGGAAACGAGAGAAUAAAGUCUGAGUUUGGGAGAGAGGAGGAAGGACUGGGGUUCAUGUAGGGUUAGCAGGAGGGGAUUCUGGGAGAUGUAGUGAGAUACAGAAGGCAGUGGAGGUUUGAUGAAUGUCUGUUAAAUAUGUGGAGGUUAAAUCCACUCGCAGCAAAGUAUUCUGGGAGAGGAGCACCAAAGUGUUUGAACGAACCAAUAGGAGCGCUCCUUACUGCAUCGAGACGACAAAACAAAACGUUCUGGUUGGUCCAAACAGUUCCCGCCACGGAACCAACCAAUCACAGGACAAUCCUGAAACCUGCUUCUGCCUCCGGGCCUGAUGGGAAACGUAGUUUCCUCUUUCUGCUUUUUAAACGUUUAUUUCCAGUUUGAGCCUCUGAUUGGCUGUUUUAUUUUGUGUAGUCAUUUGCUUUUUGUGCUGCGUAUCUUAGCCCCGCCCACAUCCUCGGCCAUGAGUGAUGAUGUCAUCAUCUGUCAUGGUUAUGAUUAUUAUGUCAUGAUUAAUGUUUGGUUGUUGGGAUGCUGCUACAGGAGCUCCGCCCUGUAUCUUCUGCUCUGUGUGUGUGUGUGUCUGUCUCUGUGUGUGUGUGUGUGUGUGUGUCUCUGUGUCUCUGUGUGUGUGUGUCUCUGUGUGUCUCUG